GAUGCAUGAAAUGAGAACUCGAGAUUGUGUCGUCCCUCUAUUCUUGUUCGUUCGUUUACUGUUACCCUGGACACACGGCUGCAUGCCAAUACACUUUCGGCGACCGAGGCGUUCUGCUGCGUUCUAGAAAUGAAGGAGGGUAAGAACAUGUUGUUGGUGUUACACAGAUUAUAUUACCCCAAAAGAAGGAUGGGCAAAGUCCGUUGGUGUUACACAGAAUAUAUUGACCUGCAGCCAUUGGAAGAGCUCAUCGCGAGAGCAGAUAAGCGCUCACUGCCACCUGAAUCACAUUUCUUUCAGCUGACGCUCCUGUCCUACAUUCCUUUUUCCCGCCCGCUACGCCUCUUCUUUCAUCGUUAGAUUCUGGAUUUGCGACUAAAUCAUGUCUGGAGGACUACCACCACCUAUGGAUCCGGGCAUGAUGCCCUUGGGGGCUCCUCCACCUGGAGUAGUGCCAAAUUUCGAUCAUCCAGCGAGCAAGAAGACGAUGCAGAUUGCUGUGAUGGCGGCCAUUGCUCCUUUCACUGCUCUGGCAGUUUGCCUGCGAGUGUAUGCGAAAACAGUUGUGCGAAGGGACUUCGAUGCAUCGGACUGGACCUGUGUGGCUGGCUUGAUUAGUAUCAUUGGAUAUAGCUACACGGUGUUUGAUUUGUCCGUCAUCCCUGGAGUCGGAAACCAUCAGUAUGAGCUUCGUAUGAAAGACAUUCCCGAGCGUUAUUAUUCCAAUCUCAUUGCAAGCGGAAUUCUUCUUGCAUUGUGUCUCUACUUGGUCAAGCUCUCCCUGCUUCUCCUAAUCGGUCAUAUCUUCUGGGUCCGCAAAUCGGCUCGAUAUCUCAUCAUCAGUGCUACCGUCAUAACGACUCUCGUCUAUAUCGUUUACUUCGUCCUUUCCAUGUAUUACUGCAUUCCCCGGUCAAAUGAGACAGCAAUGGAGAUUUUGGUCGGAAUAGGCACUUCGAGAUGUCUCAACAUCUUGACUUUGUCGGCAUUCCUCGCUGGUUUCAAUGCUGUUAGCGAUGUCUUUGUCCUCGCAGUAUCGGUGCCGAUUCUCAUGAGGCUACACACAUCGCUGGGUCGGCGCAUCCGAGCAAGUGGACUGUUUUGUUUGGGUCUCACUGCCACUGUGAUCAGUAUCGUGAGCGCCUACUAUCGAAUCAAGAACCAGUCCUCCGAUGGUACUUGGGAGUACACCACGCUAUUCAUUCUAGGAUACUACGAGAUCUGCCUGGGAAUGAUCUGUGCCUGCCUUCCUACACUCCCGAUCCUGGGUUCGAGUGCCGUGGCGCAACGCCUCCUCAAUUCUCGCAUCUUCUCCCUCAUCUCAAGCACUUCAGAGUCCCGCUCUCGCUCCAAAGGAUCAACUAACGACUAUGAGCCUUUCCCAAAAUCAGACAAUUCGUCAACGACCAGACUGGCCAAUGGUGAGGUGCCUGGAGCUGUCACUAUUACCCGCGAAUUCAACGUUGAGAAUACCUAUGAGCUCAGUCUGGCCGAGAAUGGAUAUAAGACGAAUGGACUCAAGCACUGAAGAUCAGACACAUGGAGGAUGGAAAAAGAGCGUAUCUGUUUGCGUACUUGACCUUGUUACUGGGUGUUUGAUAGCUUCGCCUGGUAAUAUAUAUUGUUUUAGAACCAUCCCGUUUCUUCUUCACGCUUUCCAGUGAUCAAUAUUUGCAGUGAGCAUCAUGAAUAAUUGUUUAAUAUAAUUGCCGUCGAAGUUAACACGCAGUCAUCUAUC